AUGUCAUCUGCCAACUUUCACGUCCCGUCUCCUCAACAACAACCUUCGCGGAGAGCAGAGGGGCAGCAGAGACGUCGGCAACGUGAGCGAGCUGAGCGCGCCGCCGCGAGGCUGCUUGCGUUCCUCCUCCUCCGCACAACCCGACCUCCGCUCUAAUAAUAAUCGCACAGUCGCCGCCGCCAACAACCUCGAACAAUCGCAGAUCCGAAGCUCAGCGGAAGCGACGCCUUCGCGAGAAGCAGCAGCGCGAAAUCAAUCAACACGACGUCGCGCAAACUGGUUCGUCAAGUCAAUCUGCACCGGCAGCACGCAGUCUCAAUGUCGCACCGCAAGUGCGACGGGCCCGCAGUCCUUCACCUCCGGGCUUGAGAUUCGCAUUAACUGAACAAGAACGGCUAUUCUGGAUGAGGACGAAUCAGAAAAAGCUCAGAGCCGAAGAGUAUUCGUCCCUUCAAGCAAGCCUGGCUGAAGGACUCGAUCCCGCCCAGAUUGGCAAAAGAGUCAUUCUACCGUCCUCACACACUGGAUCGCCACGCCAAAUGGUACAACUUUACCAAGAUGCUAUGGCCAUCGUUCGUGUUUUUGGUGCUCUGGACAUAUUCAUCACGAUGACAUGCAACCCUGCCUGGCCGGAAAUCGUCAACGCGUUGCUUCCUGGCCAGACCGCAUCCGACCGUUCCGACAUAGUAACACGGGUCUUUCACGGUAAAUUGAAAGCUCUUCUUGGGGAUGUAUUAGGCGUUCGUCGUGCGCCGGGAGUCUUUGGAAAGGUAUGUCAAUCGACGCGGUCAAUAUAAUAUUGAUAGAAUGCUCACGAGUCUCAAUUCUUUGCACAGGUCAUCGUAUAUGUCUGUCUAUGUUGUCGAAUUUCAAAAGCGCGGGCUGCCUCACGCCCACAUCCUUCUGAUCAUGGUUUCAGAGGACAAGCCAAAAACAAACGACGACUACGACAAGAUAGUGACCGCAGAAAUACCGGACCCCGACAAAUUCCCUGCAUUGUUUGAGACCAUCACAAACUGCAUGCUACACCGGCGAUGUGAUCGUCCCGGCAAGCAUACCUGCCACGACGACCAUGGAAAAUGUACCAAAGGGUUUCCCAAACGACUCCAACCGCGCAUGACCAGCGAAGACGGUGGCUAUCCACACUACCGGCGUCGCGGCAUACACCAAUAUGUCAAAUUCCCGGGCACAGCGCAAGAAGAAGUUUUCACGGAUGCAAACGUUGUUCCAACAAAUCCGUUCCUUGCUUCCAAGUACAACUGUCAUGUCAACGUGGAAAUCGCAAGCGGCGUUGCUGCGAUCAAAUACCUGUACAAGUACGUUUACAAGGGCCACGACCGUACUUCAUUCACGAUCGAUGAACCCGGAGCUCGAGACGAAAUCAACAACUUCCUUGACGCUCGAUAUGUUUGCGCCCCCGAAGCCAUUCACCGGAUAUUUCGAUUUGGGAUGCACGAUCGGGAUCCCGCAGUGGCCAGACUUGCGCUGCACCUCCCGAAUGAACAAGAAGUUCGGUUCGACCCAGAUCAGGGAGCACCAGAUUUAUCAGCGCCACCGGAAACGACGUUAACCGCCUUCAUCAAAUGGUGCGCCAAGACGCCGCCCAUCACAACGCACGAGAAUUGCUUUACGUCGACGUGCCAACCCGAUUCAGAUGGAACAACGAAGAUCGAGCUUGGCUUCCACGAAAAGUUGACAACCGGACAAUCGGAAGAAUCUACUUUUGCGGUCCUGAAGGCGGAGAGCGAUACUACUUGCGACUACUUCUCCUCAAAGUGCCUUCUCCGACAUCGUUUGCGGAUCUGAGGACUUUUGAUCGGGUUAAGUUUCGAACAUUCCGGGAAGCCUGUGUCGAACGGGGGCUCCUACGCAACGACGCUGAAGCCGACAGAUGUCUGACCGAAGCAGCGGUCUUCCGUACUGGCCACGAGCUGCGACACCUGUUUGCCAUGCUGUUAACGGCCGAUGAUGGAGUGACAAACGCGGCGCAGUUAUGGACAAAACACUAUGACAACCUCACCCAAGACGUCGAAUACAACCUACGAAACCAAAGACGACAGCCGGUCAUCUCCUCAUUAUCAGACCACGGCCUGCCGCUGCCAACGAUUCAGUUCGAUGACGAAUCUUCAACAAAUCGUCUUCACAUGGAGGAAUCAGCCACAGCAGCGGAGCUCAACGAAUUGGAGGGUCUGUGGAGGAAGAACUUCCAGUCGUGCAACGCCGAGCAACGCGUUGUUGUUGAGACAGUCCUUGACUCGAUUCUGAACGACCGCGGAAAAGUCUUUUUCGUUGAUGCUCCGGGAGGGACAGGCAAAACCUUCUUGGAAAAAACGGUCCUUGCUCGGAUUCGGUCAGAGGGAAAAUACGCUCUUGCCGUUGCAUCAUCGGGUAUUGCUGUACUGCUACUGCCAAAAGGCAGAACGGCACAUUCACGGUUUAAGAUCCCGAUCGAUAUCUUCGACGACUCUACGUGCAAUGUUCCGAAACAAGGACAGCUCGCCGAGCUUUUUCGGAUGUGCGACUUGAUCGUCUGGGACGAGGCAUCGAUGCAGCACCGUCGAUGUUUCCAGCUGGUGGACAGGAUGUUGCAAGAUGUGCGAUCGUCAACGGCUCGGUUUGGUGGAGUGACCGAAUGA